CAGCAAGCGCCACUUCACAUCCUCUUCCUCCACGCUCACUACACUUUUAUUCUACGACACAAUGGGUGGUCAAAGCAGAGAAGGUGGCAAGGUCAAGCCUCUCAAGUCCGCCAAGAAGGACAAGAAGGAGCUGGACGAUGAUGACCUCGCCUUCCAGGCCAAGAAGAGAGCUGAGGAGAAGGCCAAGAAGGAACUUAUGGAGAAGGCCAAGGGCAAGGGCCCCCUGAACACUGGUAACCAGGGCAUCAAGAAGUCUGGAAAGAAAUAGUCGGACUGUGGGCUUGAGGUUCUAUAUGUCCUCACGAGAUACAACGAGCUACGACCCACAACUCGGUGUGGAGUAUUUGCAUAUGCAUUGAGCACUAAUACCAUGAGCAACCACUUUUCUUUGACACCUUUUCAUUUCAUACAAUAAUGCACCUUUUGCUAUCCACCAGAAAUAUCCAUACC